AUGUCAACACCUCCCGCAGUGUCGCUCCGGGCACGCACCCCUCCAACCCCUCUCCACGGCCUUGCUUACGACAAUUACGAACCGUACUCUCCUCGACGCUCCAAGAGAAGCACUGCCCAAAGCAACCCGUAUUCCUCAUUGAACGGCGAGCGCUCCCCAAGGCCUCUGCCCCAAUUCAAUACCACCCCGCCCGCGACAGUCAAGAAGGCCCGGUUCGCGCGCGCGACCACCCACCUUUCCUCCCCACCAUCCUCGCCCGUCUCCCCAAUCAAGUGCCACCCCGUGCACAAGACCCCGCGAAAGGGAGGAUCCGAUUUCACGAGGACGGCAAACGCGAUACUCUCUGAUUCCGACGGUCCGUCACACCCCCUACACCAACCCUGCAUCGAUCCCGUGACGAUGCUUCCAACGCCUUCCAAGACGCCAAAGAAGCGCCCUGCAGCGGCCCUCACUGGCCGCAUCUUAAGCUUCCAGCCAGAGGACCCAAACGAUGUCAUGCCCUCGCCACGCAAGAUUAGAAAGCAGGUUGGCCGACUACACACCGCUGCAACGGGCUUCGAACUCUACGAAGACGAUGCAUCGCUGAAUCACGCCGACACCAUCGAGAUCUAUACCGACGCAAACGCAAGGGUGCCAGAGAUGGACGAGAGCGAGGACAACCCCUUCGUCGGUCGCAGAAAGAUCUCCAAACGCCCCCAGCGCCGGGCUCGCAAACAGAAUGCGGAGGAGGUUGAACAUGAGCGACGCAUCGAUGAAGCGGUGAAGAGAGAUGAAGGUGUAACUUAUGUCUUCCGAGGGAAAAAGAUCUUCCGCAAGUUCGCAGACAAGGCUGGGCAAGACGGCGCUCCUUCAGCUGCAUCAGAUCUGAGUGGCACGCUGGAACAGCGACGACUCAAACACUCGGCAGGUGCGGCGGCACAGCGGCCUCUUACUCGAAGCGCCAUCAAGCCCCGCUUGCUCUUUCCAUCGGAAGAGCAGAGUCCGGAGCGCCAACAAGGGCCGGACGAUGUCGAUGAGGAGGCGGAUACUGAUAUCGAG